AUGGCAGCCGAGAUAACCAUUUUGCUUGUGAAAGAGAAGCUACAAAACCUUCUAGCUAGCACAAAGAUCGGAGAUCCAAUCUUGCUAAGACAAGUCAAUGAGUCCAUCGUGAUGCUCCACCAGUCUCUGACAACCUUGAAAGCUUUAGAGGACGACCAAGGAAGUCAUCUGACAAUUUAUGACAGGAAGAUUGAGCUUCUGAGAGCUGUUUAUGAUGCAGAGGACACCAUAGAUGCCUUCCUCGCAAGUACGACAUUGCAGAAACAAAAGUCUUUCCCUUUAUUCCCUUUGAGAUCAGAGCAUAGCCAAUCUCGGGUAAGCCUUAAGAUGAGAAAUUUUGUUGGCCAUUUAAAAAGUUUCAUAGAAAAUAAAUCCGUUCAUGUCGAGCCAGCGGCUCCCUCUAGUAACUUAUCAUUGGAAGAUAUGAAAGCUGAUGAUGAUGUGGAAGUUCAUCCACAAAAAUCACCAACCAAUGUGGAGGAUAUGCCAGUCCUGCAAUUGGAGAACAAGAACUUCGGUGAAGGUACUUCGAAAUCGAACUUCGGUGAAGGUUCUUCGAAAUCAAACUUCGGAGAGGGUACUUCGGGAUCCAAAUUUUCAUAUGAAGAUGAUACUUAUGGUUUGGUUGAUACAGCGCAGACCGAACACGAUCAUGUAAAGUUAAGGCUUCUGUCAACUAACUCAGUGGAAGAUAUCCAAGUUCAACCAUCGGAAGAAAAGCACUGUGUUGAUGGCAACGUCGGGGCUGACGUUGGUGCGGAUGCUUCGGAAUCAAGUUCUUCAGAUGAAGAUGAUACUUCUGAUUUGGAAGAUACAGCAAAGAAGUUAGCCGAAUUAAUCUUUCGUGACGACUUGCCAUUUUUGCUCUUGUCAGUGGCAGGUCGUCCUGGAGGUUCUCAUAAUACGACUCUGCUAUGGAGGACUUACUGCAAUAUCAAGGAGCAUUUUGAAUGCUGUGCCUGGACUUAUGUUUCUGAUGUGUACGAAGCUAUAAAAUGUGUCAUGGAACAACUUACGGGAAUGAAGCAGGAAAAUGAUUUGCCUCCAAGAGUGCUGCAAAGAAAGCUCUGCCGUUUCUUAAGCAAUAAGAAGUACCUAUUAGUUUUCUACGAUCUCCGAACACCUGAGGUCUGGGAGUCUCUGAGUUAUGUUCUACCGAAUUCAGGUGGUGGUCGGACGAUUGUCAGUUUUCAUGGAGCCGCUGCAGCACCGAGUAUUCCUAAUACAAGGUUCUUGGGUACAAUCUUUGGAACAGAGUUGGUGUCACCGUCAGCAUUAAGUAAAGAUGUCUGCGCUUCGUUGGAUGAGGAAACUGAUAUUGUUGGCCUGAAAGAUGAAAUAAAGAAGUUGCAUAAAUUAAUUUGUAGGCGGUACCAGUUGCAUUUUAUGAUCCUAGUGGUGGGUGUGGCAGGCUCUGGUAAGACAACUCUGGUAAAUACAGUUUACAACCAGUUACAUAUAAAGCAGAAAUUCGAGAACCGUGUUUGGAUUUCUGUUUCUAAAGUUUUUGAAGAGAGAAAUCUCCUACUUCAGAUAUUGAAGCAGGUUACAGAGGUUAAGGACGAGGAGAAAUUGUCCCUUGAGGAACUGCGGAAGAAGCUUCGUUAUUUCUUUGUUGGAAAGAGGUACCUGGUAGUCUUGGAUGAUGUCCAAACACCUGAUACUUGGGACAAACUCAAAAGGGUCUUCCCAAUUAGCUACGUAAGUGGUAGCAGGGUGGUCCUAACUAUCCGUGAUCCUAAGAUAGCUCAAAAUAUUGAUUCAUCGAUAUAUUAUCUUCACAAUCUACGUCCGCUAAAUAAUGAAGAGAGUUGGGAGCUGUUUUCGGAGAAACUGAAACCAAAAAUAUCUGAUAAUUCAGAUUUGGUGGAGCUCAAGGAAAAGAUCUUGCAAAAAUGUAAGGGUCUACCGCUUGCAAUAUGCAUGCUGGCUGGUUUAUUGUCCACUAAGGAUCGUAGCAAAGAUGCAUGGUUAAAAGUUAUUGAGUCUACCCAACAAAAGAAAAAAGAAGGAGGGACUAGUGAGAAUGCAAUGCAAGGUAAAAAGGAAGAAAGGGUUACUGAGCAUACAAAGCGAGAAAAGAAAGAACGAAGUACUGGUAAGCAUUCUCAACCAGACGAGAUUGUAGAAGCAAAGGUGGUUGAAGAAGGAAAAAGGGUCAGUGAGCAUUCUCAGCGAGGAGAGAUUGAAGAAAAAGUGGUUGAGGAUGAAACAGGGGUUGAUAAGCAUACUCAUCUAGAAAAGAUUGAAGAAUUAGAAAUGGAACAUGUUCAACAAGGAGAAAUUGAAGAAGAAGGGGUAGGUAAGGAAGAAAAAGGAGGGACUGUAAAUGCAGCCUCUUACAGCAAACAAGGAGAAGAUCAAUACAUUUCUUCAAAUGAAUCAGUUUCCUCUGAUAACUUGAGCGCUUCCGAUAUCUUUUAUUUGGGCUAUUGUGAUUUAAACUCCCCUUUAAGGGCAUGUCUCCAAUAUUUAUGUCUUUUCCCACGAUCAGAUUCAAUCCGCAUAAGAAGGUUGGCUAGAUUGUGGAUUGCAGAAGGCUUGGUUAAAGUCUCGACAAAUGACAAUAAAGAACCUGAAGAUCUAGUGGAGGAGUAUCUUCAACAACUAGAGCAAAGAAACAUGAUCAAGAUAGCAAAGUCAGAUGGAAGGCCUAAAACAUGCAGUGUGGAAGGUCUUCUCUAUGAUUUGCUGUGUCCAAAUGCCAAGUGCAUGGGAUUUUUUCACGUCCAUCCCAACUCAGUUCCAGAAUCGAAAACAGCAGCAAAGGUUAGCAUCCGUAGGCUUGCAGAACAAGUAGACAUUCAGAACAAACCUCCUUCAGAUGAAGACAUUCGACAAUUACGUUCAUAUAUAUCUUUCAACAAGGGAAAGGGAGAUAAAGCUGCAGAUGGAGUAGGCAAUUUGCUGAAAAAGACAAUCACUAAGAGAGGCUUUGGGUUGCUCACACUGCUUGAUCUGGAACGUGUAUACAAGCCAGUGCUGCCACCUGAAACACUAAGAAGGCUGCCACUUCUGAAGUACGUAGGUCUGAGAUGGACAUUUCUGGACGAAAUUCCAAAGUCAGUAGGUGAUAUUCCUUGUCUAGACACUUUAGAUGUAAAACACACUAAUAUAUCUGAAUUGCCUAAUUCCAUCUGCAAUGCUAAGAAGCUUCUGCAUCUCUAUAUGAACGGGAUUGAUUUUGAGAGGUCCAAACAAAUCUCCAGUAGUUCUUUGAGUAACCUUCGGACUUUGUCGGGCCUACUUUUAGGCAAGAACAGCCCUAAUUUAGAAUGGUUGAAGAAGUUGGCAAGUCUUGAAAAAGUGGGCCUAACAUGCCACAACGAAUCAAUUGAGGAAAUAACUAUCUGGCUUUCUAGACUAACCGGUCUUCACUCUCUGCGGUUGAGAUCGGUAGAUGACAAUGGUGAACCUUCCAAACUCAAAUGGAUAUCCAACAAGAUGCUAACAGACUUGUAUUUGAUGGGAGAGCUACCAAAAGGAUUUAAGAUUUCCGAAGUAGUACACCUCUCCAAACUCAGAGUCCUUACAUUGUCAGUGUCAAAGCUAUCAGAAGAUCCCAUGCCAGCGCUAGGACAGUUGGAAAACCUCAUAAUCCUCAGGCUUUACGCUAAUUCUUACUUGGGGAAAAAAAUGAGUUGUGGCCCUGAAGGUAGAUUUUCUAAACUCGAGGUUUUAAAGUUAUGGAUGCUACUGAAUCUGAAAGAGUGGGAAAUUGAAGGAGCAAUGCCUGUGCUAAAAGAAUUAGAGAUCAGAUAUUGCCAAAACCUGCGGAAGCCUACAGGAUUGGAGGGCUUGACUACCUUGGAGAAAUUGACGUUAACGAAUAUGCAGGAGAAGUUUGUAACUGAAGUUAAAGGAAGCAUUGGCAAUAAGACAAUGGUCAUCGAAAACGAUUGGAAAUUUAUUCCUUCAUGGGAAUCGAGUGAAGAACAGCGGCAAGAACUCCGGCAGAAGAGUAAACAGAGAGAUGGUGCACCAAUUGUGAGGUCAAGCACUCUAAAACAUAGAGCACCAAGUAGACAAUUGAGUCGGCAACUAUCUGCACUAACAACUUAAAUGUAAUGCAAUAGUUUGUAUCGUUUUUAUACAAAUUUUGUAAGAAUAUUAUUAAGUAAUUCUAAGCAAGGAUGGUAUAGGACCUUUCUUUUUCCUUUUUCCAA